AGAGAUGGGACAGCAUCCAGGGGGACUUAAGGGAGGCAGAGACAUUUCUCAGAGCGAUCUGGGGAUGGGGAAUCCCCCCAGGGGGACUUGGGGAGGAUGGGAAUCCCUCAAGAGGACUUGAUGGGGACAGGGACAUCUCUCAGAGGGACUUGGGGGACAGGGGAACCCCCCUGGGGGACUGCAGGGGAUCAGGACAACUCAUAAAGGGACAGGGACAUCUCUCAGAGGAACUUAGGGGACAGGGAGACCCUUCAGGGGACACAGGGCAGGAAUGGACACAAAGAGCCCUCAGGGGAAGCUUGGUGUCCCCCCCACCUCCCCAUGUGCCCCUCGUCCCUGGUGUCACCGCGCUGUCCCCGCAGACGUCGCGUACCUGCGCUCCGUCCUGCCCAGCACCAUCGACGACGCCUUCUUUGAUUACCUGGCCACCCUGGACGCCUCCGAGGUGACCGUCACCGCCAUUCCCGAGGGCUCCGUCGUCUUCGCCAGGGUGCCGUUCCUGCAGGUGAAGGGGCCGCUCCUGGUGGUGCAGCUGCUGGAGACCACCUUGCUGUGCCUGAUCAACUACGCCAGCCUGGUGGCCACCAACGCUGCCAGAUUCCGUCUGCUCGCCGGCCCGGACGUGAAGCUGAUAGAGAUGGGGCUCCGCCGCGCGCAGGGGCCGGACGGAGCCCUCUCGGCCUCCAAAUAUUCCUACAUUGGGGGCUUCGACUGCACCAGCAACAUCCUGGCGGGAAAACUCUACGGAAUUCCCGUGCGCGGCACCAUCGCCCACUCCUUCAUCAUGUCCUUCAGGUGCCUGGAGGAGGUGCAGCCACGGGAGCUGCCGCCUCGGGCCGGAGGAGAUCCCGUGGAUCUGGCAGGCCUGGCUGUGUCCUGGCUGCAGCGGGUUUGUGACCUGCUCCAGACCCCUCCCAGCAAGGCCAACCAGGGCGAGCUGGCCGCCUUCGUGUCCUACGCCAUCACCUUCCCGUGUGACUUCCAGGGAUUGCUGGACACCUAUUGUGUCAGGAGGAGUGGUUUGCCCAAUUUCUGUGCCGUGGCCUUGGCACUGCACCAGCUGGGAUACCAGGCCAUCGGAGUGCGCCUGGACAGUGGGGACCUGGCCCAGCAAUCCAAGGAAAUCCGGGGAGUGUUCCAAGCCUGCGGAGCUCACUUCCAGGUGCCCUGGUUUGGGACCAUCCCCAUCGCUGUCAGCAACGACAUCAGCGAGCAGAGCCUGGAGGAGUUCAGGAGGGAGGGGAGCGAGAUCGACAUGAUCGGCAUCGGGACCAACCUGGUGACGUGUCCCCUGCAGCCAUCCCUGGGCUGUGUCUACAAGCUGGUGGAGGUCAAUGGCUCCCCGUGCCUGAAGCUGACAGAGGAUGAGGAGAAGAUGACAAUCCCGGGGAUGAAGGCAAUCUACCGGCUCUAUGAUGCUGCUGGUCACCCCUUCAUGGACCUCAUGGCCCUGGAAGAGGAGCCGUCGCCCAGCGCGGGGCAGGAGCUGGGGAUCCGUGUCCUGGGGCGGCUCGAGGAGACCACCAAGGUCAUUCCCACCACCGUGGAGCCCCUCCACCGCACCUACUUCAGGGAUGGCCAGGUGUGUGAGCCCCUGCCCAGCCUGCCCGAGGUGAGGACCCACGCCCAGGCGUCCCUCAGCCUGCUCAGCCCCGCUCACCGCCGGCUCCACGAGCCGCAGCCCUACCCGGUGGCCGUGACGGAAAGGCUGCACCAGCUCUUCCUGGAGCUGCGCCAGGGCAGCCUCUGAGGGGGGCCCUGCUCAUCCCCAGCUCCUGCUCCGCUCUUUUUCGGGAAGCCCGGGUGCCUCGUUAGGAAUUAACGGCUCUAAUUUAGACUCUGCCUCGGGUGCUAACCCGAGGAACCUGCAGGAACUUGGGGUCCCAGCAGGGAAGAUGGGAACGCAGGGAUGGGGAAGGCAGAGCUGUCCCUGCAUCACCUGGAAGUGACAGUCCUGUGCCUUAUCUUGGUGGCCCUGCCAGCCUUGUGCCUUAUCUUGGUGGCCCUGCCAUCCCUGUGCCUUAUUUUUGGUUGAUCCCAGCUCCAGGAUGAUCCCAGCUCCAGGAUGAUCCCAGCUCCAGGUUGCCACCUGCACUCUCUAACCCCUGUUCCCAAAGGAAACGUGGCUCUAACCCACACUGAGCUUCAGACUAAGCAAAAAAUUUAAAAUAAAGGCCUUUUCCCACCGUG